AUGCGCCUGAAAGAUGAAAUUCAACAGAUGAACGCCAUCCUCGUUGCACAUGCAAACUGCGACGGGUGUAAAUCGCCAGAAGAGAUCCAAGCCCAUGUGACAGCGCUCGGUAACGAAUUCUUCAGCCAGCAGCUGGCACUUACAGGGACCAAUUUUGCCGAUUAUCAGCAGAUGCACUUUUCAGGAUUGCCUACCUUGCCCGAUAACUUCUUCUCCAACUCAGCUGCAGAUCCAAUGCUACACCCUCCCCUCCCAGAAUUCAACCGGUCUGCAGAGUUCGAGGUUCACACUCCGCUGCCAACCGACUGA